AUGAUAGGGAUCCUUUUUGUAGAGAUUAAAACUCAUGGUGUCUUACCAUAUUCUGUUGAGUGUGCUGAUGAUGAAACUUUUAUAGAAAAACUUAGAGAAAAUGAUUUAUCAACAUCUCAAGAAAGUUGUAUAGAUGACUCCAGCAAUGCGCUCAUCAGAAAAUGUACUCAAAAAAAUCCGGAUGAAAGAGCAAGUCUAGCGGAGAUUAUCUCUGAGCACAGUCGUAUCUUGCUUGAAGGUGAAAACAAUGCUACGGCAAGGGUCAGUUUCCCAGAUUUAAAUGAUGAAAAAUACAUGCCAUCUCUUGGAUACAAAAAGGGAACGCUACAACUCAAAAAUUAUGUUAAGCCAUUUCAAAUCGAACUGCUAAAAGAAAUGAGUAAUAACAUGUGGUUGUUUACAAUGAAUAAGAACGUAUUUGUAAGACAGAAGAUGAACCAUCGCAUAUCUUCUUGUACGCUUAAAACAAUUAAGAGUGACAGCAUGAGGAAAAUUUUGCCACAAGUUUAUGUAUUUGUAAUCACAGAUGGAAAAGAUGAAUUCAUUGACAUUCAUCUGCCUUCAUCAUGUAAACAUAGCCUCGAUGAUCUUUUAGAGAAAAAAGAUAUUGAUGGGUCGAUUUCCGCCUAUGUUGAAAUAGUUAAAGAGGUUGCCAAUAUGUUGAAAACGAUACACGAUAAUGCAUGUGUUAUUGGGGUAUUAGAAGUCUCAAAUAUCUUUAUUUCACAAUCGAGAGACGGCAUAAUGGUCCACCCAGUUUCUUUAGCUUACUUCAGUGCCAUACCAAAUGGUGGCGUUGCAAGUACGAUGUUUGAUGUUUUGUAUGAUGAUAGUAACUCUUCAGAAAGGUAUGCACCUGAAGUGACUGAAAGUAAAAGAUUUACCAAAGAAAGUGAUAUAUAUUCGUUGGGACAAUUUUGUUUCCAGCUCUACCACCGCUGUACGGAAAUAGCGAAGAAAGAGCAAACACAAAACUGGAUAGAUAACACAAAUGUCACAAGAAGUGUUUCCUCAUUGAUAGACCUACCUAAAAUACUAGUAGACCUUUUUCAAAAUUGCAUAUUAUGUGACCCCACAAAAAGACCUAAAAUAAAUUACUUUAUAGGCUGUUUGAAACUUCUAAAGCAACAAAUGAGUGAUCUACAACAUAAGUCAAAUUGUGUUCUACACGAGAGUAUUUUAAACGCAUCUGAACCUUCAACUAGUGCGAUUUAUUCAGAAACUAGCGUGUAUGUUAAAGAAAACUUCAUAGACCCUACAAUCUUAAAUCCGUCAGAGAUUGAUUUUUCAAAUCAUGACUAUGAGUCUACAGCACACAAUGAAACAAGACAUUCCAUUAUUUUUGCAAAUGAAACUUUCCUGGCUGAUUCGGUUUUAAACCCUUUUGAAUAUGAAAAAGUAAUGCAAGCUUCUUUGGAAAGAGUAAACCCAUAUAAUCUGCUGUUUGAGCAGUCCAAUGGUAAUACCUCUUUGAUCGAACAGGUUUACGAUGGUAUAAAUUAUGUGGAGCCAUACGGAUCAGUGUCUAACAUUUAUGAAGUACCCAUCUUGAAAAAAAGUUUUUCAGGAGUUUUAAAAAAUAUUAAGAAAGCUGCUCAAUCUUUUGUAAAGAAAAAAUUAAAGAAAAACUCAAAAGUAAAUGGACGCAGCAACCUGUAUGCAAACGUGGAGGAUAAUUAUGAUGUUCCUCAAAAUGCUAGAAGAUCACUUCCCCCUCCACCCAUAGAAAGCGAUUCAGAAAAUUAUAUUGAAAUUCCAUCAAAUACAUCUAUUACAGAAGAUUAUCCUGUUCUUAACGAUUAUCUCUUUCAAACGUAUUUCAGUAGCUCGGACAAACAGGACUCUUUUAGCCAAGACGAUAGUUUAUCACAAGUAUAACUGUACCUUGCAAAAAAUGUUAUCAAGAUGUAGUGCAAACGUUUCGCUGCUUUCAUACAGUAAUAGAUUAAAAUUAUUG